UUUAAUUAACUUUUAACUAUCUCUUUAUGGUUUAAUUGGUCAACGAUCAAGUCACAUAAGCUUGUCGUUCUCUUUUGACAUUACCUAUCCAGCAGCGAUCAAGUCCGUUGUAGUGGUCUACCAGAGCAGUUGACCUUACAAACAAAGCAGACGAAAGUUAACAGUUAAUGGCAUCUGUGACCCCCAACGAAAUGGGUUCCGGGAAACUUGUUCGUGAGAAGAUCAUAAUCGAUACAGAUCCUGGUAUUGAUGAUAGCAUCGCGAUCUUCAUGGCAUUCCAAACUCCACAGCUGGAGGUCUUAGGCUUAACAACAAUAUUUGGUAAUGUUACUACAGAAGAUGCCACUCGCAAUGCUUUGAUCCUUGGUGAGAUUGCAGGAUAUCCUGAUGCUCCUGUGGCAGAGGGUAGCCCUGAGCCUCUAAAGGGUGGAACACCAGAUGUUGCAUACUUCAUUCACGGUUCAGAUGGAUUAGGGAACACAAAUUUACCUCCUCCAAAAUCCAAGAAAAUUGAGAAGACUGCAUCAGAAUUUUUAGUGGAUAUGGUUUCUGAAUAUCCUGGCCAAGUAUCUAUACUGGCACUUGGUCCAUUGACAAAUUUGGCUUUGGCUGUCAAAAAGGACUCAUCCUUUGCAAGCAAGGUGAAAAGAGUGGUCAUCCUUGGCGGAUCUUUCUUUGCAUUGGGAAAUGUCAAUCCUGCUGCUGAAGCAAAUAUUUAUGGGGACCCAGAAGCAGCUGAUAUUGUGUUUACAUCUGGGGCAAAUAUUGUUAUUACUGGCAUAAACAUUACAAGACAAGUCAUAAUGACAGAUGCUGACCUUGAUGAAUUGAGGCUGUCUGAGGGAAGACAUGCUCAAUUGUUAAGCACUAUGUGCAAAUUUUACAGAGAUUGGCAUGUUGAGUCUCUUGGAGUCUAUGGGAUUUUCCUCCAUGACCCAGUCAGUUUUGUGGCACUAGUUCGACCUGACCUCUUUACAUACAAGAAGGGGGUUGUGCGAGUUGGAACAGAGGGGAUAUAUAUGGGGCACACACUCCUGGACCAUGAACAAAAAUGGGAUUCAAGCAACCCAUGGUCAGGAUAUGCCCCUGUUUCAGUGGCGUGGACGGUUAAUGUGGACGAAGUUCUUGAUUAUAUUAAGAAACUGUUGAUGAAACCGUGAAAUCUUUUGAUGUUGUGCUCAACACCCACUGAAGAUGUCAAUUACUUUGAAAACAAAAGUUGUGUUGUCUUCAUUUUCUACUUGAGAUCCCUUGCACUGUUAGUGACAAACCAAAUUUCGGGGCUUGAGUUCUAGUUUGCCAGUCUCCCAUAGCUGAAAGUUUGCUGUAAUAUAUGAAAUAUAUAAACGCAUUUACUUAAUUUACAUCAAUCAAAUUAAAAAAUUUAUGAACAUAUUACUUCAAGAGUACACACUGUUUUGUAAACUUUUGAAGUUGUGUGUUGUUUCUUACACAUGGCUUUGUUUUCUUUUAAUCUAUAUUUAGCAUGCUUUAAUUUC